AUGGAAGAAACAAUCGCCGAGCUACGACGCCAGCUUGAGGAGGAGAGACAGGGACGAGCAGAGGCACAGCGCCGUGAAGAGGAAGAGAGACAGGCGCGGGAAGAGGCAGAGCGUCGUGAAGAAGAAGAGAAAAAGGCGCGAGAAGAGGCAGAGCGUCGUGAAGAAGAAGAGAAAAAGGCGCGAGAAGAGGCAGAGCUGCGAGUGCAGCCCAACACAUUAUUUCGCCUUCUCGAUCGCUGUCACACCUCUUUAUCUCAAGCGAUCCGAGUUGAGACGGAUGCGACCCUCACAACCCAGGGCGACGCGACCGACCUAGUGAACCGACUUUACCCCAAGCUCUGGAGGAAACUCGACCGCACGGGUGCCUUUACCUCGCGCCCACUAUUCCCUUCUGAUACCCAAAUCGAUUAUGUCGUUACGAAUAUCCAGAACAGGCCGAUCUAUUCGCAAGCGUCUCUUCGGAAUUUUGAGCGAGACACGGUGGAUAACUUCGUCGAAAAGGUUAUUAAGGCGUUACGAGAUGAUGAACCCCUUCGAUAUGAGUUUAGAAUCUAG